AUGCUCUACGGCAACGGCUCGCGAGGCCUGAUCUACCACCUUAGCCAGGCAGCGUUCGGAGACCAGAGCCUGCUCGAAACCGCGGAGAGCGUGGCCAUGAGCCAGGCCGACCUGUGCAUCGACCUGAGGCUCACGACCGACGAGUACCGCGCCGCGUAUGCAGAGAUCUUCUUGGAGGUCGAGGCGUGGGUGGUCACGGUGCUCCUCGGCGUGGCGCUGGUGCUGGUGGUCACGGCCAUGUCGAACGCGAUUCACCAUUUCACCUGCUGUGGGCGAAGGAGGAAGUUCCGGCGCACGCGAUUUCCAACGUCUCCGUCACAGUGGGCGCGCUUGAUGAUCACGAUGGACAACCUGACAUAUUCAAAUUUCUUGUGGUUCUGGACUGCCUUCUUCUGGGUCGGUUUCAACUAUUACACGGUGUACGGGACAAAGUACUACCACUUCGAUCCCAUGGGUAUGGUGAUGUUCUCGUGGCUGCUCCAGGUGUUGAGCUGGUCCAUGAUUAUUGCCUCCAGCUCGCGGAACAACAAAGAUCAGGGAAUGCAGGCCAACGAGGUGUUCUUCCUGAGCCUCACAAACAUCUGGCGCACCACACAGAUGUUCUACAUCACGGCGCCACUGACGGUAUACUCCAUCGUCAUGGGAUUCUCCGAUUACUUCAAGAACAAGAUGCUUGGCGUCGAUAUCAGCUACUGGGUGGGUGGCGACAGAGGUGCAGUCUCGAAGUCCAUCACCCAGUGGUGGACGCUGCUGCUCGUCGCAGGCACGAUUGUGACUUGGACGCUGUUCGCCACGGGAUGGGUCGCCGUAGAUGUGGGUGCAGCGUUAAUCAUCACAUUCAUUGGCCUCGACGUGAUGCACCCCUGCGCGUUCUUAUGGCUGGGCACCGAGCUCGAGAAGCUGCCAACACCGCCCGCAAAGGGCUCGUGCCCAGCCUGGCGUCGUUGCAUCAAGAGAUGCUGCCGGCUUCUCGUCAGCUCCGCUUUCUACCGCAACAUCAUGCGGUCUCUCAUCUUCCACCCGAGGACCGCCAUGACCAUCAAGUGGAUUGGCCCCUUGCAGCAUGUGAUGAUGCCAAUCCUUACAUGGUUUUUCCCCGAGAUGGGCGUGAACCAGGCGCUGCUGCUGCUGGCCUCUGUCAAAUGA